AUGAUGUCCUAUAAAACUGCCUACCAUGUUCGUCUGUAUGAGACAGAUAUCCUAAUGAAGCCCAGGCAGGUUGGACCAAGAGGAGGCGGUUCCCAUGAGAGCUCAGACCCUCGCAUUUGUGGGCUCUUUUCUGGAUACAUAAUCCCUGGCAUCCUGGACCUCCUCUCUGCUAACCUCUUUGGAUCCCCAUGGAGUCAAUCUGUAAACUGCCCCAGGGAAGGGGUGAUGGCACCACCAAGUUCCAGGAAUCCACUUUGCAUAAACAGCAGUGGGUGUGGGGCUGUGUGGGGUGGCCUAACCCAUGACUUGUGUUCCCAUGCCAUCUGUGCCCUGCAGCAGGAACUCAUUGAGAGCAUCAGCCGUAAGCUACAGGUGCUCCGGGAGGCCCGUGAGAGCCUGCUGGAAGAUGUGCAGGCCAACACCGCACUGGGGGCCGAGGUGGAGGCCAUCGCGAAAGGCGUCUGCAAACCCAGCGAAUUUGACAAGUUCCGAAUGUUCAUCGGGGACCUGGACAAAGUGGUCAACCUCCUGCUGUCACUGUCGGGCCGCCUGGCCCGGGUGGAAAACGCCCUCAAUAAUUUGGAUGACAGCACUUCUCCUGGUGAUCGGCAAUCACUACUCGAGAAGCAGAGAGUACUCAUCCAGCAGCACGAGGAUGCCAAGGAACUCAAAGAGAACCUGGACCGCAGGGAGCGCAUUGUCUUCGACAUUCUGGCCAACUAUCUCAGUGAGGAGAGCCUUGCAGACUAUGAGCACUUCGUGAAGAUGAAGUCAGCUCUUAUCAUCGAGCAGCGGGAGCUGGAAGACAAGAUCCACCUCGGUGAAGAGCAGCUGAAGUGCUUGUUUGACAGCCUUCAGCCUGAAAGGGGCAAAUGAGAGACCUGCCCCUGGCAGAGGAGGGACACGGGGCCUCAGAGCUCCGUCCCCAAGGACGCAUGAAAAUUCCAGCCCGUAUUUAUAUCCUGGAGGGAGACUCCUCCAAUAGCAAGGGGCUAUUAGAAAAGCAAUAACUUCCGUGUUUGUGUGGGCUGAUUUAUUUAAUGUUUUAGUUUCCCUUUGAAUGCUGAGCAGAGUGGCUCGCCGCUAGCUGCUUUCCUUGAUGUGUAACUGCACCUGGCGCCAGGUUCUGCCGGAUGGCGAGUUUCCACCGUGUGGCUGUGGGCUGGGCCCGUGGUGCAUGCAGGUGGUCCUUGUCAGUGGUAAAUCCGCUGUUCCUCCCGACUUCAGAUGCUGAGCCAACCACUCAGGCGUGGCCAGUGCGUCAUGAGUUGCAUGAGAAGGGAGACCCUGGCACGCAUCUUCUCUUGGGAUUCAUCUGGGCAUGGGCUGCCAGGUUUUGUCCCUUUUCCUUCAGCAGUGUGAACAUUUGUUGUCUUUGCCAUGUAAUGAUGUUCUCUGACCCAGCAGAAAUCAUGAUGAUGAUAAUUUAUUAACAUUUUGGAAAGGUGAAUAGUUUCCUAAUGGUUAAAAACCAACUGUGAAACAAGCAGUCUAUGUGUUGGGUUCACUCAUUCUAAGAUUUAAAUCACCGCUUAAGAAAUAAUGUGCAUGCUUUAAAACACGCUCACGCACCAAGCAGGCAAAUAGCUUUAGUCCUCACCCAACAUCACAGUUUAAAUGAUGUUUUUCUGCAAAGUAAAAUUCUUUGGUUAAAAGUGUGUCCAGUAAUAAUGUGCUUGUUAUCUGUUUACCAAGACCUAUGGAAUAUUUUUUAAGCUCCUUUCUUCCCAGAACAUUUAUUUUAUGUGAGUAUGGUCAUUAAUGAUAAUUGGCUACUUUUCUCUUUUUGCCUCCUGAAAUCUGUUACCAUGCCAUGAGGGCCACAUUCCAUGUACUGUAAGACUCCUUCCUCUGGCUUUCAGAGGGCCUGUGGACUGUACACCUCCUAAACUUUAUCUUUUUCUGCCACAGAGCUUAAAGAGUUCAUGCCCUUUUUAUUGGUUGAAAUAGUGAGAUUCUAAAUAGAGCCUUAUUUAUUUAGAAAACAAAAAUCAAAAACACUGUCAUGCUGUCAAUUUCCAAUUGGCACUUCAUAGAUGGAGAAAAUAUUUGCAAAUCAUGUCUGACAAAGGAUUUGUAUCUAGUAUAUAUAAAGAACUCUCAAAACUCAACAGUAAGACAACAAGCAGCCUAAUUAAAAAGUGGACAAAAAACUUGAAUAGAUACUUCACCAAAGAGGAUACAGGCAUGACAAAUACACACAUGAAAAGAUGCUCAACUGCCGAUGGCUUGGUUAUAACUUAUAACUUACUUAUUUUUAUGUAAUAAUCGUAGAUCCGGUGUAUUCUUCAAAACCUGUAUCUAAUUAAAUGUCUGGUUAAUGGUGAGUGAAUCCCUCAGAUGACUUCAUGUGUAGGUAAUAUUAGGGCAUUUGUUCUGUCAAGGGAUCAUUUUAAUUCUCAUUUCCCCUUAUUCCCAUAAAAGAAGUUUUCCAGCAGGGGGGAGAUUUCACUUUGUCAGCUGCAGUGACCACAGCCUUACCAAAGCAUGCACACGCACAGAUGUCUUAAUGGACUGGAAUCCACACUUCCUGAGCCAGAGGCUCUGCGUUGAUGUCAAUGCAUUCUGUAGAGCCAAGCCCAAACUGGCAGGCUUCAAUCAUGCAGGCAAUAAACCACUGUUUUGGCAACCUACCCAUGCCAAAAGGAUAAAUGUUUCUUCAAAAGUGUUUAUUCCUAUUCAAUUAAGCUACUGCUGACUUGAAAAAUUCCUGUUCUACCAAUGAGGUGCCCUCCCCUUCUCCACCUGGGAGGCAUGUCCUGUGAAUGGUGGUCACGUCAGAAAAGGUGAAGCUGGCUGUGCACUUCCCUUCAUCCUUCCCCCUUGGGGAGAUAGCCCAAGGGAUUUCAGAGUAUGUCGUUUGGCAAAGCGUUUACCUGUGAUUCUUUCCCCUCAGUAAUGGUGUUGUGGUUAUCUUGAUGAUGUGUGUGUACAAUGUGAAUAAUCGCAUCUGUGUGUCUGUACCAGCCUCUUGGUGUCUUUUUCUCUUCUACAUAGCAAUACAUAGUGCUCGAGUAUCCCUGUAGCAAAGCACAUGGAAUCACAGCUGUCCUAUCUGUUCCCCUGUUUGCCUCUUAAACGUCUGGUUAGUGGGGACCCAAAGAUUCUAGCAAGUCAAUGUACAUAACUCUGUAUAUAGUUAUAUUAUUGCAUAUAAAACCAAUCUGGUGCUAAUGGUUGGCCCUUGGCCUUCGUGGGUAGUGGCUGCUCCCUCGCCCUGUGCUGUUGUGCAGCUAUGGAAUGCUCUGCCUGGUGGGGUGCUGCUUGUGGCUUGUAUCCUUCAGUCCACCAUGGCAAAUGUGUGCAGAUUUCGUGCUCGACACUUACCACUUGCCUAUCAACAGAUCAUCGUGCUUGACUUUAACACAAUAAAUAGCUUCUCUUCAAA